UCAUUUACUUUCAUGACCCACUGUACAUAUAAGUAUAUAUACAAACCAUAUAAAAAGUUGAAGUAAUGAGGAUACGAGCCCAUAUGAAUAACGGUAUAGUGACACAGCUUACAGUUAACCUCACUUUUGAAUUUGUUGAAAACACGUGGACCGUUAUAGAAAUAAAAUGACAACAGUAAUGGAAUUAAUUAAUUUUUUUGAUCACGAUUCAAAAGAGUAUAAAGAAUUUUUACAACACUUAAUAUGUUUUAAUGGAGAUGUACCAUUUGACAUAGAAGAGGUUGAUAAAGCACAGAGUGCUAUCAUAUCAACUAUAAAUACUUGUUUAAAUCAAUCACAGUCUCGACAUAAUGGGUUAUUAAUUUUGGAUAAAAUUUUGCCACAAUGCUCGAAUGAUGUUUUUUCAAAACAUUGCAUGUUAUGGAUAUCAAAAGCUACUCAAGUAUUAGAAAGUAUUCAUAGUGACCCGCAAGAAUUAUCCAUCUCUUGUAAAAUUCUUGGAUAUUUGAUCAUUAAGUCAAAAGAUAUUUCAGACAUACAAAAACAAGUGUCUAUGCAAAAUGUAAAACAACUUAUUAACAUAAUUAGUAAUUUGAAUACAGAGAAAAAAUGUGGUCCAAUAUAUUAUUUAAUUGCAAUACUACUAUAUCAAUAUCCAGAAGUUUGUGAACGUUUUCAGAUUUCCAUAAAGAAGAUUAUACUGUUGCAAGUAGAUUCUUCUCAAGAAAAUCUAGUUAACUCAAGUGCAAAAUGUUUUGCUCUUUUAGUAAAAGCAACAGAACGUUCAUUUAAACCUCCUCCUUUGAAACCAAAUUAUACUAAUACAACGUAUCAUCAUGCACUUAUUUGUAAUAAUUUACAUGUAAUAAUGGAUGAAUUAUUUUCUGAUUUAAUAGAAUUAGAAAAUGUGAGCAUAUGGGAUAAACUGGAAUUACCUGUUAUAUCUCAAGAAAAUGUUGUUCAAUUCUAUUUUACACAAAAACAAAGAUUUUUGAAUUUGUGUACUUAUUUAUCAUUUAUGUUGCGUGGAUUUGAUAAAAAAAAUUCAGUAUUACCGCAUGACAUUUUGAAGGUUUUAUGUAGAGGACUAGCAAUACAACCAUCAAAUAUACAGAAUCAAAAUUCUGUUAGAGAACAGAUUUUAUAUCUUAUUUUACCAAAACUACAUAUUGCUUUAUUCAGUAUUUUAGAUGCACUAAUAAAUGGAUUUAAAGAGCAAUUAAUACCAUUUGGAUCAAUAAUAUUGCAACUGUUUCUUCAAACAUUACAAUGGACAAAAAAUACUUCAGAAAACCAAAUAACAAUUAGUGGAAACAAACCAUUUAGAAAUGUAAGAAUAUCUGCUUAUAAAUGUCUAAACUCUUGGUUAAUGAAUACUAAUUCGUUAUCUGGUAUAGAGACAGUUGCAGGUGAAUAUCUUUCUUCUAUAUUAAAAGAUAUAGUACCAGAGAAAGAUCGUGUUUUACUGACUCUUCAAAAAACACAAAAUUUAUCAAAAAGAGCGUUAAAACGUCUUCGAGAUAGUCAAUAUGAGAAGGGUACCUAUUUGAAUAAUGGGAUUGGUUCUAGUAAAGAACAUUAUCCAGAUACAGAUGUAUGUAAAGUGGCUCUGAAUAUAUUACAAAAUAUAUUUUUUAAUAGUGGAACUCUUCUAAAACAAACAUUCUUUAAGACUGUACAAAAUACCAUAAUACCUUUGUUGUAUGACUGCUAUUUAAGUGCAACUGACGAAAAAUUUUAUAAAGAAUAUCCUGACUGUCGUUUAUUAUUAUUCAGAGUUUUAAGAGCUUUGCAAAUGAAUCCACAUUCUUCAUCACCUUUACCUACGCAAUAUUCUCUAGAAUUAUUUGAAAUGGCUUUGAAUGAUAAUGAUUUACACAUUGUUCAAGAAGCUAAAGUGACAUUGGCAGAACUUGAAAAAAUCAUACAUCCUCAUGCUCCACCACUUCAAUUAACUCAAGUAGAAACUAUACAAAAAGAAUUUGUUACUGAUGGGCAAAUCGUACAAAAAAAUAAUACAAUGGAAAAUGUAGUUUCGCCCAUUGUUAAAAUUGUUAUAAAUGAAGAUGAAGAAUCUUUGCCAAAUAAAAAAUUAAAAGUUACAAAUUCUAGCGAAACGGUUGAACCCAAAACACAAAACACCGCAGAAGACAAACUUCAUAUUACACAAAUAAAUCAAGAUAUUAUAGAGAAAGAAGAUAAUACGACAAAAAAACAAAUGACAGUCACAAUACAAAAUGAAAAUAUUGAAGUUGAGAAAGUUUGUGACAAAUCAGUAAAUAGAACUAUUCCAACCUUAAUUGUGACAGAUACAGAAAUUCCGCGAUCAACAUCACCACUGAACAUUAUUAAACAAACUGACACUGAUAUUUUCGUUGAAACAAUGGAUACAACAGAAGAUAAUCCUAACUCAGAUACCAAUUCUAAAAUAUCUGAUCUAAAUGAAGAACAUUUAGAUCAACAAGAGAAAGAAAAAGAGGAGGAAGAAAUAUUACAAUUAUUUCAGGAUAUACCAAAAAAUGAUAAUUAAUUAUAGU